AUGAAAGAAGUGGUUAGGAAGGAGGUAGUUAAACUGUUAGAUGCAGGUAUGAUCUACCCGAUAUCUGAUAGUGCAUGGGUAAGUCCUGUACAAACAGUACCAAAGAAAGGUGGAGUCACCAUGGUGAAGAAUGAGAACAAUGAGUUGAUUUCAACAAGGACAGUCACCGGGUGGAGGAUGUGCGUUGACUAUAGAAGACUUAACAUAGCCACUCGGAAGGACCACUUCCCACUUCCCUUCUUGGACCAAAUGUUGGAGAGACUAGCUGGCCAUGCCUUCUACUGCUUCCUGGAUGGGUACUCAGGCUACAACCAAAUAGCAGUAGCUCCAGAAGAUCAAGAAAAGACAGCAUUCACAUGCCCUUACAGAGUUUUCGCUUACCGGAGGAUGCCCUUCGGCUUGUGCAACGCUCCUGCCACUUUCCAAAGGUGUAUGCUCUCUAUUUUUUCUGAUAUGAUUGAGAAAACUAUUGAAAUCUUCAUGGAUGACUUUUCUGUUUUUUGUCCCUCUUUUGACAUAUGUUUAGAAAAUUUAUCUUGUUUUUUACAAAGAUGUCAAGAGAUUAAUCUUGUUUUAAACUGGGAAAAAUGCCACUUCAUGGUGAAGGAUGGCAUAGUUUUAGGACAUAAAGUGUCCAAAGCCGGUAUAGAAGUGGAUAAAGCAAAGAUAUCUGUUAUUGAGAAACUUCUCCCUCCCUCUAACGUCAAAGGCAUUCGAAGUUUUCUUGGUCAUGCAGGUUUCUACAGACGCUUUAUCAAAGACUUCUCCAAGAUAGCGAAGCCGCUAUGUAAACUGUUGGUCAAAGAUGAGGAAUUCAACUUCACAGACGAAUGUCUGGUUGCAUUUAAUAAUUUGAAAGAUCAAUUGACCACUACACCUAUUAUCACUGCACCUGAUUUCACACUUCCUUUUGAAUUAAAGUGUGAUGCUAGUGAUUAUGCUAUAGGAGUUAAUUAUGCAACCACUGAAAAAGAGCUACUAGCAGUUGUCUAUGCAUUUGACAAAUUUAGACUGUAUUUGUUGGGGUCUAAAGUAAUUGUUUAUACUGAUCAUGCUGCUUUAAAAUAUUUGUUGAAUAAGCAGGAUGCAAAGCCAAGACUACUAAGGUGGAUGCUACUCCUUCAAGAAUUUGAAGUGGAGAUCAGAGACAAGAAAGGUGUGGAAAACUUGGUGGCUGAUAACCUCUCCAGAAUUCAAGAAAAAGAUGUUCAAGAUGGACCUGAGCUGAAGAUCAAAGAGGAGUUUCCGGAUGAGAAAAUCAUGGCUAUCAAUGUCAUUCCGGAUCCACAACCGAAGGAAGCAAAGACCACAAGUACACCUGCUUGGUUCGCAGACUUUGCAAACUUCAAAGCAGCAGGAGAAAUUCCAAAAGACUUCACAUGGCAACAAAGAAAAAAGUUCUUACAUGACGUCAAGAAAUACUUAUGGGAUGAGCCCUUCCUUUUCUACAGAUGUGCUGAUGGCGUAAUAAGGCGCUGUAUUUCAGAAGAAGAGAUGAAGGACAUCAUGUGGCACUGUCAUGGUUCCAACUAUGGUGGACACUACGCAGGAGAAAGAACAUCUGCAAAGCAUAAGAUUGCAACACCAUACCAUCCGCAAACAAGUGGUCAAGUGGAGAUUUCCAACCGAGAGCUCAAACGUAUCUUGGAGAAAACAUUGGGAAGCUCUAGAAAAGAUUGGUCCAAGAAGCUUGAUGAUGCACUAUGGGCAUACCGGGCUGCCUUCAAGACACCAAUUGGUAUGUCCCCCUUCCAGUUAAUGUUCAGAAAAGCUUGUUACUUACCAGUGGAGAUGGAGCACAAAGCACUGUGGGCAAUCAAGUACCUCAACUUUGACUCCAAGACUGCAGCUGAGAAAAGGCUCCUGCAACUAGAUGAACUGGAUGAGUUCAGACUCUCUGCUUAUGAGAGUGCAAGCCUGUACAAAGAGAAGACGAAGAAGUGGCAUGACAAGAAGAUCCUACCCCGAGACUUGAAAGUAGGGAAUCAGGUAUUACUCUUUAACUCUCGUCUUCGUCUCUUCCCUGGAAAACUUAAGUCCCGAUGGUCGGGACCGUUCAUCGUAAGGAACAUGAAAUCAUAUGGAGCAGUAGAGAUCAGUCCGCUAGAUUCCGAUAGAAGCUUUACAGUGAAUGGUCAACGGCUGAAACUCUACAUGGGAGGAGAAUUUGACAGGGGAACAACCAUUGUUGCCCUUGUCGAGAGGCUAAGAAAUUAUGAUGGCUCCGAUGAGGAGGCCACUUUUGAUGCUGCCAGGCGGAGCACUUCUACAUCUCAGGCCACCACUUCACAUGCUGCAGGUGAUGAGGACACCGAGAUGAUUCCAGCCAUUGUCCGAGAUGCUGAGGAGGAGGACCGAGACGAUUGA